CUUCGAGUCAGCAUCCGCAACGUUCAUUCAAUUUCGACUUGAUGCCUGGGGUCCGGCGGUGAGCUACUGUUGAUGUCUGAUCGAAUGUCCUGCUUCGAUGCAUAGCUAUACGCCCUUGACGGUAUGCCAUCAUGAUCAAAAGCCAUCGACCUAGAGGACAUAUCUGGACCCAUGCAUCCGCUUUCCAACAGACGAAACAGUUCCGCAACAUUGUCUACGAAGAAUGUCUGGCUCCCAGAACAAAAGUUCUCGUCGAGGACCAAGACGAGAAACUGUCCGCGGCUGAUCGCGCAACGAAGCGAAGGAGGAUCGAGAAACUCGCGUCUGAUUUCUUAGAUGGCAACCCACUCUUUAUUUCAUCUGCUCGCCCAUGCCCUUUAGUUCUGAAGGCUACGAUUGCCACACUUAAAGACCCCGGGAAUGAGGAGGGAAUUGAAGUGAAUGAGGGGCAUGACUCGGACAACGAACUCUGGAAUGACGUGGAGGAUGACGAUGAAGUUCUGGAAAGACUGACGGCACGUUCGGCAGCUGCUACUUCUCCAAAGGACCCUGUGGAUCAACCUGAUGAUGGUGUUCAUUCCCACAUCGAGUCAGUCGAAGCGCAAGCAAGCUGUAGAUCCUCCAAAAGAUUCAAAUCUGUUGGACUCGAAGCUGGACCAAGCGAGGAAGCUCUUCGACAUGCAGCUGCUCUGCGAGCACGGAAUGCGUCGAUGGCCAAUAACGAUGUUCCCGAUCGACGCGUAUCUAUCGAGUCACCUCCACCCUUCGGCAGCGGACCACACGACGUCCCAGCCCCUACUACAGAUUCUGCUCGGGACAGAUGGAUAUCACGGCGCAAAUCACGGUUCUCUUUCUCAGCCUAUGUGCCUGACGACGGCAGCCAAGACGAGCUUCGCUUAUCCAGACUCGAAACUCCUUCUGCGCAAUUGCGGGCGGCGUACAACAAGGCCCACGCAUCCUCACUUCAGUCAGUCUCGAGUGCCGAGGUGUUGCCGCAGCAGCAAGCAUCAUAUCAAACAGCGCUCGAGGAGUAUGACCAGCGCGGCGACAAAACAUCGGAUGGGCAGCGAGACGCAUUCGACUCAUCACUUGUUCCCCCUGAGACUACACCCACCAGGCGUACGAAAUCCGCAAUUGUCGCGGAAGUAAAAGUUGCGACAAGAAAGCCCCGCUCAGUCUAUGUCAGCGCUCCUGCCACGCCGCAUGGAUCAACGCCUUUCCAGUUCCGGAAGCGCAAGACGCGAUCGAUGGGCGUCAAAACGGCAAGACUCAACAGGCCUGGAGAAGCUCAAGGUGGGGCAUCUCAAUCCGACACAGGCGAUCAUGGUAAAGUUUCCGCGCUGCCAAUGUUGGACAUGUCAUUCCACCACGAUUUGGAAUUUGCUCAGAAUCUCAAUCGAGCACUCGAGGAUGAGCAGGGCGAGCUCAGCCUGGUAAACGAACUCGACCAUGCCAACACGAGUGGCGUCUCCCAUCGAACUUCGCACAUGAGUCCCGACCCAGAAUCAUCCAGUCCGUCCUCGGAUCACGCUCUUUUCUCGUCUGCGGUCGAGCAAGCGUGUAGCGUUGUACAACGCGAUUGCGGAGACGGGCAUUUGCAGACCUGGGCCGGAACGCAAUUUCUACUCGACAAAGCACAACAUGAGCUGUGGAACUCGCCACACAAGCGAGAGCCGAGUCCCGUCAGCGAUGGGCUGAAUACGCCGGAAGCGGAGGGCAGGAUCAUGACCGGAUCUCCCUCCUCGAACCAACGCGAGCCGCUCAAGCAGCUUUCACAAGAACGUUUCCCGAGCACGCAACAACUUCUGGGUGCUUUCGAGGGCUGGUCGACGGUGAAGAAGCCUCGCUUUAGGCCUCGAUACUCUCCUUCAUCGAUGUCGGGCUCGCCUAAAAAAGGGGAGAGAGGAUCACUGGUGACAUUGAAAGGCACACUAGCGACAUCGAUGGCACUUUCAGCGUCUCCUAUGGCGAGCGACCAAAGUCGCAUUCCAAUCCAGUCGAAGGGAGCUAUGUCAUCGACUGCGCCGCCUAGCUUUCCAAUCGAUGCGCCAGAUGCCACAGGGUCCCCGGGUCAUAGAAGACAUACGUUCGCACGCAGUUUCAGUGAAGGCGAUUGGGAGGGCACGGCCAUGUCCCUCCACGAGGUGCUACCGACCGCACAGUCAAACGUGCUUCACGGGGAGGAGAUUGAAACAUCACCCGAACGGCUGCUCGCAAGUCUUGAGGCUCAGGAGCCUUCCACUUUUUGGCGCGAGCCUUCCAACCUCAGCCAGACUGUGAACGAUCUGCGAGGGUGUCUGGACACGACCGAAAUGAAUGGAGUGUGGAGUCAGCUUAGCUAGAUACCUACCUGGUCGUUAGGGUUUUGUUAGGGUUAAAGACUGCAUUGUCUUUUGUGACAUUCGCAUGCCGAAUACAACGAUGGACAUCUAGCUUGGUCGUGAAUGAUGUAUACUGCACAGGCAGCAAAGAAUAGAGAUGUUCACGUGCCUUCAAUCCCGGUUUGGUUGUUGACCCCACG